CGUUGCGUCGUUAGAACGCAUUCUCAUUGGUUGGAGCUCAGCCAAUGAGGAUGUAGUUAAAAUGUGCAAAUUAGCCUUACUGUUUUGCAACUAACUUCAAACUAGUCAAUUAGGCGCGCAAUUGCAUUUAGUGUUUCUUUGCUUAGCCAAUCGGAUGCAUUUAGAUUUGAAGAAAUUGUUAGUAACCGUCACAAAGUUUUUUCUUUUGGAAUAAUUUUAACUUCUCAUUCUAAUUGUGCGUAAAAAGUUUAAUUAUUCAUUACGUGUGAAAGUGUUUUGUGAUAUAGUGAGUGAAAAAAUCAGUGUUGUAAAAAUAUCGUUUUGAUAAAAGUACUUGUGUUCAUUUCGGGAAAUCUGAAAUGUGAGAUAUAGUGAUGUGAUGAAAAAUUGUGUUUUAGUAAGUGCUAGUGCAAUUAAGAGGAAUAGGAGUUUGUUGCGGAGCAGCUCCUGGAGGAGAUCGGGUAUAGCUGAACGCAGUUUGUUACUUCACUGAACAUGAAAUGAAGAAAAGGAGGUGUUGAAGAAACAUGGUUACAGCGAGUAGCAGAGAGAAGGAUGAGAAGGAUGGAUGCAAAGAAGAUGAUGUGCGCACCCGCCAAUUCAACGUUGGAAUCCGCGAUCGAACAAAAUCUAUAUGAAUGUCGAUGCGCUCAUUAUGAUUGUGGAUGCUGUAAUCACAUUGAAUUGGAUUACUUUAAAGUGAACGGAACAUUUUGUUCCGACAUGAAAUACCUGCCGAACGAUAUAGGGGUUUCUAUGACAAUUACCUACAACAAUAUGACUUUUUAUAACGAAACCAUAUCAGUGAGAAAUCCACCAAAGAUUUGUCCUAUCAUUAUCGAAGAAUUUCAUAUAGAAGCUUGUGUUCGUUUUUAUGAUAUGGAUUUUGAUAGACAUCAUUUUAAUGGAUGUGCUGAGGUUGAUAUUUCAUUCUUAAGAGCAUUGCCUUUAAUGAAAAAAGACUUGGGAUGUUUUCACAUGGGUCAUCAAAAUUCAACAAAUUCUAUUCCAUAUACUGUGAUGAUGGUAAAAUAAUGCAGGUGAAAAAAUCAAUUUUUUUUUAUUUUAUUAUUAUUACUAUUAAUAACUUUUAAAUACUAAAAUUUUUAUACACAAAAAAGAACAAUAGUACAAAAAAUAUUGUACCGCAAAAGUAAAAAUAAAAACAAGUAAAUGAUUUA